GGAUGGCUUUCGUGUUCAGCUUCCCAGCCUUUGCUUGCUUGUCUUCUUUUGGAGUAUAAUUGUGUUUUGCUGCAAGUUCUUUUUUUUCUUCUUCAUCAUCAAUUGCCCUCAUCAUUGUUCUGAAAAAAGUGUGACAGAGAGAGCAGUAAUGGCAAAGAUGAGUGGCAUAGAGUCUAUACAUAUACUGAUUCUGUAUUUAUCGACGAUCUCUCUGACAAUCGGAGCAAGUGCGGUGCCAGUUCGGCCCCUGUUGCAAAAUCAAGAGAAACCCAGUUCCAAUAUCUUUGAUACUUCCAAGUAUGGCAUUCUUAACCUCAACAAUGGCUUGGCUCUCACUCCUCAGAUGGGAUGGAAUAGCUGGAAUUUCUUUGCAUGCAACAUCAAUGAAACAGUUAUCAAGGAAACUGCCGAUGCGCUUGUCUCAACUGGUUUGGCCGAUUUAGGCUAUGUUUAUGUAAACAUAGAUGAUUGCUGGUCAGCUCUAAAACGAAAUUCAGAGGAUCAACUAGUCCCUGAUCCAAAAACUUUUCCAUCGGGAAUUAAAGCUCUUGCUGACUAUGUACAUGAGAAAGGCCUCAAGCUUGGAAUUUAUUCUGAUGCUGGGGUUUUUACAUGUGAAGUUCGACCUGGAUCAAUUUACCAUGAAAAUGAUGAUGCACAGCUCUUUGCCUCUUGGGGUGUGGAUUAUUUGAAGUAUGACAACUGUUUCAAUCUAGGAAUCAAACCUGAGGAAAGAUACCCACCAAUGCGUGAUGCUCUAAAUGAAACUGGACAUUCAAUCUUCUAUUCAAUUUGUGAAUGGGGUGUUGAUGACCCUGCAUUAUGGGCUGGCAAGGUUGGAAAUAGUUGGCGAACAACAGACGACAUCAAUGAUUCAUGGGCAAGCAUGACUACCAUUGCUGAUCUUAAUGACAAGUGGGCAGCCUAUGCUGGUCCUGGUGGAUGGAAUGAUCCGGAUAUGUUAGAAGUUGGCAAUGGUGGCAUGACUUACCUGGAGUACCGAGCACAUUUUAGCAUCUGGGCUUUGAUGAAGGCUCCACUUUUGAUUGGCUGUGAUGUAAGAAACAUGACUGCGGAGACAUUUGAAUUACUAAGCAAUAAGGAGGUUAUUGCUGUGAACCAAGACCCACUUGGCGUUCAAGGCAGGAAAGUGCAUGUUGCAGGAACAAACGAUUGCCACCAGGUUUGGGCUGGUCCUUUGACUGGACAAAGUCUGGCUGUUGCUCUUUGGAAUCGAUGUUCAAAAGCUGCAACUAUUACAGCUGCUUGGGGUGCACUUGGACUUGAAUCCUCUACCAGUGUCUCAGUGAGAGAUUUGUGGAAGCAUCAAGAUGUUGUGGGAGAUGUGGUGGCAUCAUUUAGUGCUCAAGUUGAUGCUCAUAGCUGCGAGAUGUACAUUUUCACUCCCCAGACAGCGUCUUGCUCUACGGUUUAAGUUCAUAAUAUUACUGGCUUCAUUUAUUGCUUGGCUCAACUUUCCAGCAGUCAGGUUGAUCUUUUCUCCUUGGUUGUGAAAAAGUGUGUGCGUGCAUUUCUAAUUUUGUUUGCAGUUGGCAUCCAGCAACAAUAAAGAUAUUCAUGUCACCAUUGUAAAGUUUACUUGGACAAACUGCAGAUGAUCAUGUCAUUUAAAUUACAUCCUUGGACUUGUAGCAAAUAAUACGCUCUCAAUUUUCGUUGUCCAAUUUUCAUUGGUGAAUUUCUAAUGUCCAAUUAGAACACCAUUGCUUUCCCCGGUAA